AGAUUAGGAGAUGUUGAGAGAGAUAUUAAGCAUUGAUUCAUAGAGGAGGCUUAAUAAGACGGCCUUGGGUUGUGUCGUCGGCUCUCACAUCUCGUGUCAGUUUGGCUUCUGAACUGAACUAACGCUAACCACUUGAUAUUUCUUUGAGAAGUAUAUUCUUAAUUGAUCUUCAGAACAUGAUCAUACUUAACUGCUCGUUGCCGUGCCCGCGUCUGAGGUACUAGAAGGGAAGCGACUGCUAACUUAUAUGAUGAUGGUGAUUUAUUUCAUUUUUUAUCCAUCUCAAUCUCAAUCUACUCUCCUCUUUCGAAUGGCAUUUUAGGUCUUGAGCCGUCGUAAAAAACCAGAAGAUGAAUGUUGAUGAAAGAUCGUCAUAAAUGGAUAGUGUGAAAUAUAUGAUUGUUUUUGUUAUAAUUUCUUGAUUGAACGGUCGUGAACUUGAUGUACAGUCGUGAUUGCAUCCCGUGCGCAAUUGUUCCUUGUUGAGCUCCUCACCUUGUUUUUUCGGUGACUUUUCUUGUUAUUGGCGUGACGCCUGGUGCCGUUCCGUACUCACUGUGUCGCUCUCGCCGCAUGAUCUAUAUGACCUCCACCUAGGGUAGUACUACUAAUAUUGUGAUGUGUCGACGUGGCGCCGCAGCUUCUACCACAACGCUAAGAUAACUACUUCUCGUCCUACAACAACGACCCUCCACGUCGUAUAGAUGAAUAAUUAUAGUACCACUUCUCAAGAACAUUGGCACUAGUAGAUUCUUUUUAGAUAUGCCACCGUCUUUCGCUUGCCUACAACGAAUAUAACUCUCUUUCUCCUGUUCAGUCUUUAGGGGCCUCAACUACAUUUAGAACUUCCACAACCUUCCCAGUAGAACAACUUCCCCCGACGAGACUAGACUGAGAACUACUUCAUAUUACAACAACUCGCUGCUUCUACUUCAUCUUACACAUCAUAGCUUGAGCUCGCAUCUGCAGAAUUUUCACGAAUACCAGGAGAGAAGUACUUAUAUAAGCUCAACAAGGAGGAAGACUGUCUCCGUUCGUGGUUUUCCUCCAUCUUGCCAUUUUUCCAUCUUCAGGCAGGGAUCUUGCUUUGAGUAUCUAGACCACUGCAGCACCUGCACAUCACAUGAUUUAUACAAAGAAACACAAAAAAAAAGUAAAAACUGCGAACAACAAGAAAAGCAAGGGGUGAAGGACGUAGGACCCGUAUCACAGCCCAUUCAUCAACAGUCAAAGUAUUGUUACAGAGGAGUUUGUGGAUAUGUUCCGAAGUGGGUGUAGUGGAUCAUAUUGAUAUUAAGUUUAGAGCUGAUUUUUUUUGCAUUGACUGUGUUUAACUCUAUGUUGUGUUUGAAUGACGUUGAGCAUACUCGUCCCUUAGUCACCAUAACAGAAAGGUCUCCUGCUCCGUGCUUCUGAUAAAGCAUUCUCUCUAAAAUUCAUCUUCAUCAUUUAGGCAGGUAGAUAGCUUCGAGUAGCGAAAUUCAUUAGAAGAAGGUCGGCACUUAUAGAUACAACAACUAGCAGGCCACGAGUGAUCUGUUGCUGUUUUUCGUCAGGCUCGCGCGUUUCUUCGGACGGACCUGAAAAAUAGACAUCAAACAACAUAACUUCCGAUAGAUAACUGACUUCAGGUAGUAUCUCAAGAGAAGAUAGAGUCUCAGAUUAUUCCUGUUGAUUGCUAUUGUUUUCAACAUCGAACUUGAGAUUAAUAUACUAACUUAUAUAAGCAUGUUCUUGAUCUUCGCGUUCUCAUGCUAUUAGAGCUAGUAGAAGUAGUUGAAAUAGUAGAAGAACGACUAAAAUGAAGAUUGUUUUCUUCGUCUUGCUUGUACCAGGGGAGACGCAUGUGCUCACUUUUAGUGUCAGCACGUUGUUUUCUCGUCAUUGACGACUUGACAAUUUUUAUGCUCAAAAUUCAUAUUGUCAUCAAUUUUAACUACCGCGAUGAUUAUUUUCUGGUUAUGAAGAGACUAAGCACGUCAUUUAGUUUGUGACGGCGACCGCAUCAUAAUAGGAAUCACUACACAAGAUACAUGUAUAUCGAACAGCAACAUACUUCUAUCUCACUCCGCCUCUACCUCACAUAAAAAUGGACAAAGCGCCGGCUUUUUUUCAGUUUGGAAAAGAAUAUCGUGUAUGAGCGCUGUGUACUACUAGCUUGGAAUAACAGGCCAUCUUGUGAAUAUUAUCACAUCUACAUAAUAUCAGUCCUCGAGGAAAGAGGUAACAGCUUCCUCGUAUCUUCGAUUUUGAUUCCACUUCUAUCCAUUCUCGUACAUGUCACAACAACAAGAAGAAAGUUGUAGCAUCACAAUAACAAAGUUGUAGCCCCUCACCCGCAGUGCAAAACUACCUAACCAGGGCUGUCUGGUAUUUUUGUAGUUAUUUUGCAUCCACAGCUAGUUCGGAUCAUUUCCCCGCUUCAUAUUCAGCAAUCGACAGUAUAUCUUAAUGUCGUGAGUCUUGUUCUGGUUCCGUUGACAAGAGACCCGACAAUAUUUACCGUUCGUUGCAACUAUUGAGCACAUAAUAUCAUAGCACCUGUUGCUGUCGUACCCGUACCCCUUAAGAAGGAUAUAUUCUUGUAUAGAAGUGCGCUACUUGCUGUCGCAUUCGAACCAUCAGGCAACACUAUUCACAAUUGUAGUGUUUCUAAGUACCCCCCUUGGGUUCUAUUUUUUUCCUCUCUGUCUUUCCUUCCAUAGUGAAUUAUUUGCUACAAAAGAGAUGAAGUUGUACUGAGACAAGGAUCUUUCUUGGCUUUCUAGGCGAGGAGCUUUUUACACAUGCAUUAACUUAGCCGCUUCAGUUCUGUCAAAUCUGCAUUCUGAGCGGGUGGUUGUGUGUAUUAAUUCUUCAACAACAGUCGAACAAGGCUUGAUUUAGUUAGCGCCUAUCCUUUAUGUGUCAGUCCAGCAACGACCUGGUCACCUUUCGUCUGGGUCUGGUCGGGCCUCGACAUGAAAACUUGAGCUUCUGGUGCUAGUUUUUAUCGUAAGAAGUAUUUUUGCUUUUGGUUCACCGUACUGAAUCCGGUGCAGAAGUUCUUUCAUAGAGUUACAAAAUCGCCUUGGACUUGGUGAGGGUGUGAUUCUCUGAUCGACUUCAUACAGGUUAAAUUGGGGCUGAUCUUGUUUAUUCUGUUAUUAAAAGCUGCAGGGGACAUUGGGAUUGUUGAUUCAAACGCUUGUGUUGUGCCCCACUGCAUUGACUGGGCGUGUUGGGAUUUCUGCGCUGACGGAGGGGACAAAAACUUUGUUGCUCCAUUGGGAAAAAAAAUGUAAUAUCUUUGAAUGCAUUGCUACACUUCUUUAUCUUGCUUCCUUGCGCGUGAUACUAUUAAUAAUUGUGGUGCAAACCACUCCUACUGCUAUGAUUAGGCAUCUUUAUCUUCGUCUUCUUCAUCAUCAUCUUCUUCUUAUUCGCUUCAUCUUCAUCUUCGUGACCAACAACAUGAUGCACAUUGAUUGUGUCCGUCCUCUUCGAGGCUAGUGGAGGCGAUUAUAGAGUAAGUAAGUAAUCAAGUCCUACACUACAUCUUUAGUUCUUCUUGUCACGGCACUCAUUUUUUUGAUUCCAGAUUACAUAUUUAUACGUAGAUACAUCCAUUCAUGGUUUCUUUUUCAGGUCGGAGCAAGUGGAAGAUCACUCAGACCGUGGUUUGUACCAGCACUUGCGCAGACGCGCGCACACAGAUCAACAUCAAGGGUCUGCUACUUCGAGCAGCGUUUUAUCAACAGGAGCUCUUCAGAGUCAGACUGGCGGCUCUUCUGCGAGUAAUGGCGACGGGCCUGCCGCAUCAAGCGGGUCUACCGUGGCCGCGCAGGCUCCGAACGACGAGGAAGAUAGGCAAGCCGGAGGGGAAGGCCGUAGUAGAGGUGCAUUCGCGACAAAUAAGGUGGAUGAUGGUGGAGCUGACGGACAAGAGCCAGAGACGGGAAAUGGUAGUGAAACUGUCCUCGCUGCACCGAACGAGGAAGCAGGCCUCCAACAUGAAGCAGGAGGGGCAGAGGAAGACGAUGACAAUAGAGAUGUAAAAAGAGCAAGUGAGAAUAGAGGAAAAGAUGAAACCUCUGCUGGUGUCGAUCACGAAAAAGCUGCUGAAGUACAGCCAGACCAGAGUGCUGCCGCUAGGACGACCAGCGAACUGGAGGAGCGAGGAGAGAAGCCGCAGGACGAUAAGAGUGCUUCAGCUGACGACGGGGAAGAGCCUGAAGACGAGGAUGAACAGGGCAACGAAGAUGUAGAUGAUGUGCCACCUGGUGGACGUGAGCCAGAAUCGCACACGCAAGACGAGGAUGCUGCCAGCGAUGGUGAGGAUGGGGGCCUAGCGAUGGCCAUGGCAGCAUCAGCUGUGGAUACAAACCCGGAGUCCCCCGCAAAUACUGGCCCUCAGAUGGUUUCCUAUCUUCAAAACGUUCCAAAAAAAUACGACGCGUGCUGCACCGUGAACCUUCUACUCGCGAACGACAUCAUGUUGAAGGUACGGAACCAGGCACCUCUGAGUUCGUUGCUACGUGGUUCGAAUGAAUGAAUGAAUUUAAAUUUUCUUUAUGUUCGAUUGAUUUUUUGUUGACUCAAUGAAACUGAAAGACCUAAAAUAUUUAUAAGACAGAAGUAUCUCAAACUCAUAAUAUCAUGUUGAUGCGGUAGCUACAAUUGAUUUAAGUUUUUAAACAUCUUCCAUAAUUCAAAUUCAUCAACUUCGAUUUCGAUUUCAUUUUCAACUUGAUGAUUCCGCACUACCAGGAUGAAGAAUUUCAAAAGCUUACUUGGGAAGCGGUGCGUGCGGAUCCCGAAGUGUUUCCUCCUGGAUGUCCGGAUUUAGACGAGGAAGCUGUUGAAAGAAUGUACAAGGACUGGGCUGACAAGGUUGUCGCAGGUGUUGUAGCUGCACAUACGCAGGAGAUGCGAAAGGCCGAAUACAGGGUAGUUGUACAUAACAGAAUUUUAUGUUACGAUGGAAAUGAAUUGGAGGAAUUUAUUACUGAUAGAAAAAGAUUGAACUUGAAGACAGAGUGAGUGUAGAAAGACGAAGAGCAAAAUGUUUACGUUUAUUAUGUAUGGUUUUGCUUUUUCUAGUUAGGUGCUCCACCACUUUUAUUAUAACAACUUAUGAACAACAGAAAAAGCGGUUCUACUAUUAUCAUCGGCGAUACCUGGAAGAAGAGCUGAGGAAAGGACUGGUUUUUGGGGCGUGGUCUAUCCCAGCACCGGCCGGACGAGAAGAGGGAGGCGACCUCAUUAUUCCCUACAAAGUGCUGUCGCCAAACUUGCAUCCUAGCAUUCGUCGCGUCUUAAGUUUCUUCACGGUCCCGCGAUCGAAGACAGCCAGAAAAAAUCUAGGGUACAACUGACUGACUACCUUUAUACUCUCGGUAGCUAGGACCGGGAGUGAUGCUCUUCGUUUAAAUCAUGAUCAUUUUUGUUGUAUUUGGAAUUUGUAUUAUUUAACUUUAUUUGGUAGGCCUAGACUUAAUACGCUUAAUAUACGAAAAGAAUAAAUGACAUCCAGGAGAAUAAAUGACUACCUCCGCAUCCCCGAAUCUAAGGUAUUCCUUCCUCUGUUUUCGAACUGGCGCUCUGAGAGACCGGUAUAAUGAGCUGAUGCGGGGCUGCCGACUUGUGUGCACAAGUUCGAAGGUUUUGCAGAUCUACGAUGGGCGGAUGCGGAAUUUGGCUGCACUAGAGGCAUACUUUUCGCGAGCGGGCAUGUCGGACUUUGAGCGGUGGCACUCAGCGAACGUCUUCUGGCUGAACCGAUCUCCGGAAGAGAUUGCCAGAACUCUAGACGUGAAUAUCACAAGCUGGAGACGGGACGCGCAUUCCAGUGAGGAGGACCGCAGAGGUGGCGACGGCAAAUCGGGACGCGAAGGGCGCUCUGGCGGAAAGGGCGGUGGCAACCGCGGAGGACCAUCAGGAGGGUACGACUAGAAGAACAUGAAGAAACUGUGUAGGUGUACGAAUGAUAUUAACGUGCUGAUUAACAAAAACCACUUAUGGUUUUGAUGACUUGUUUUGGUUGUGUGUUGAUUUAGAUCUAUAUUCUCGAUGGUACUUGAUCUUAAUUGUAAAUGUUCUUGUAAAUACUGUGAUAUAAUGAAAUUUGUCUUCUUAGCAAGCAAAUUAAUUAACGACAAUACAGGUUUCCCGCACAGAGGAGAGGACAAGAACGGAGGUGGUUGAGAAGUGGUGACGAUGGCUCUUCUUGGCGGGGAGGGGGACAGCGUCGUGCCUUCAGAGACGGCGACAGGGAGAACGAUCGCGACUACAACUACAGGAGCGGUGGUCCAAGUUACGACAACAACAGGAGCCGCGGGUCACCAAGUGGUGGUAGGAUGAAUGACCAGCGCCGCGAUGGAGGAGGCAGUCAAUACAACAAUAUGGGUCCUCCUCGAAGUGGCGGGGGAGCACCCUAUCACCAGGAUCCACGCUCGCCGCCGCCAUACAAUCAGGGGAGUCGCGGCUAUGACCCCCCCGGUGCUCCUCAUCAGCAUCCUUCGUCACGAUACAGUACAGACCGCGAACAAGGUCCCAACUACUCGAGAGGGCAGCGUGGUCAGCACGAUCAGUACGAUCCCUACAACAUGGUGCAGCAGCACGCUAGGACACGUGAUGGUCGCGACGACCAGUACCCGACACCACGAGGAAGUCCCGCUUCGUACGGAGGAUACUACCAGGAUAGCAGCCGCGGCAGCGGAGGACCCCGUGACCGCCCUCCGCGUGGAAGCGGCUACCCAAACUCUGGUGGCCAUGGAGGUCCAUCUCCGAUAUCAUAUGCUGAUGGCCGCUACCAGGCGGACGGCAGCAACGAGACCGGCGCGCGUUCUGCAUCCUCGCGUGGGCCGCCGCGUGGCAGGGGAAACGAUGGGCCACUGGAGCAGGGCCAACCAUUGUCCUCGCACGACUACGGAUACAACGAGGACCACUACGGGCGCAGAGGUCCAAUCGAUCGCUACAAUGACCAGGGUGGAUACAAUCAAGGAGGACCGGCUCCACCGUCGCAACGAGGAGGUGCAAGAGGCGGCCAGCCUUAUCGAGAUGGAAGAAUGCAGGAAGGAGACCGCGGCUACCAGAACAAUCACAGUUCCUCCUCCCGAGGCGGAGCAGCAUUGCAGCAGCACAACUCGAUCCCUCACCCUCGAGCAGAGUACAAUCACCGGAACUACAACGUGGACGGUGCUGGUCGUGGAGAUGGGGUCCAAGACGCUUCCGCAGGCCAGCACAUAUUUUCGCCACGCGACCAGCAAGACAGCUCACGGCGAGGCUCUUAUCCUCGAAGCGGAUACACCACAUCAAGCGGCGGAGCGGUCCCGGCUAGUCGAAACUACCAAUCCCAUCCUGGCUCGUCCGUCGUGGACCCGAGAGCAGGACGUCACGACGCUCAACAAAGACUGCAAGCGCGAGCAACCGGGGCUGAUCGUGGGUUCGGCGCACCAAGGGGAGCGGGAGUCCGAGGCAAGCCCAGCGGUUCCAGGUCCGGGGGAGCAGGUGGUUAUCCUGGCAGCAAUGAGCAGGCGCAUCGUUUUGCUCCGCCAGAAACAUCGGCACCUCAAUCAGGGAUGCUUUCCGAUAACCCAGAUAGCUACGAGCAAUACCAAGAUCAUCAAUACCAACAGCGUGUGGCGGGGAGAGGACACGGACAUGAAGCAGGGUCAUAUCAUCCGCGCGGAAACAACGUCAACGACACUGGUUGCUAUCCCUCGAGCGGCAACAGAUCUCACCAAAUAAAUUAUGCAGCACUGUCAAAUAACUACAAUGGCCAUACUGGAGCAACGCCGGGCGCAAUCGGACGACCUGGCUACGCAUCACCCGACGGAGGAGAGUACGGUGCUGCACCUCGACGAGAUCAGCAAGGUGCUUACCGAAGCGGCGGCUCGAGCAGUGAUAACGCGGACGGCGGUAGUAGACACCAGAUGAAGGGUGGUCAACAAUACCCGCGCGGUGGAGCUCGAGCGGGGCGAGGGGCAGGCGGAGCGUCGAUGCAGGGCUACAACCCAUCGCAACGAGGCGGAGGCCUGGAGAGUGGUUUCGGGGAACGGCGGCAAAACAAUGCAUACAACAGCGCGGGCGGGCAGUUUCGGCAACAGCAGGCUUAUCAAGCGGAUAGGUACAACUCACACGGCUCUCCUGACCAAUACCCAGUAGGCGGCAUUAUUGACUCUAGUCGAGGAGGUGGCAGUUAUUCGAGCGGCUCCCACCAGGACUCGCGCCGCGAUAGCAGAAGAGGUGUAGGACCAGAGACGCGCUUCGGACCACAGCACAGAGGAGGAGCCCACAACAAUAUCCACCAGAGCGGCGUAGCCAUGGACGGUGCACCUGGCGUCGUACCGAAAGGCAAAGAGCCGCUGACACCGGUGAGCCAAAGCUCAGAACAUCCGUUCAAGGGUCUCCGGCCUCUCGAGGACGGCGAGGUGAGUCCGUUGGCUGUCGCAGGUGGCGCCGCUACCUACAGCGGGUUUUUGCGCAAACCUGGCGGCACCAGCCCUUCGAAACAAGUAGAAGCAGGAGGUCGCUCUUCUGGAAAAUCUCCUUCCAGGAGAGUGUCAGGCGGCAGUGUGAGCAAGAGCGCCGGCGCUGGCAGCUCCACUUUGUGGACUUUGAACAACAGCACAGCAACCGCCUCAAGCAGCGGCGACGCGUCCAUGGGUUUGGGGCCCGCGAGUUCGCUUGGGUCCAUGGGCGGGCCGGGAGGAGAGACCCGGACGAUGGAGCAGCAAGGACCAGGAGGAGGACCCGCCCAACAAGCACAAAAUGAUUGGGAAGGACAUCAUGCAGGAGGAACAAUGCAGCGCCAGGGAACAAACGCACAGAGGAACAUCAAGUCCUAUAGCGGUGGUUCACCUGACCAAAAUCGUUUCGGGUACUAAGUCUUCCUUUAGUAUUAAAUCGAUCAUAUUGAAUUAUGGGUAUGUCCUUGAUUUGCUCCAAGAGAACUCAUUUUAUUAACUAGGGAAGUUGCUCCUUUGGACCUCACGUGGCAAAUAUAGUGGGCUAGGAAGUUCUUACUGCAGCAAGAUUUUUUUAGCUUCCUUGACUAUUUUGAAAACGAGAAAGAGAGAAGAAAAACACCCAAACCCUUUGAAAGGUUCAAAGAGUUGCAACGUCGAACGUGAGCGAGAAUAAGAAUGAGUGCUAUGCUUCGUCGCUGUUGCAUUUUCUUAAGAUGUGAAAGCCUCUACGCGUGUACAGUAAAGCGAGCCCAUACCUGGCGCAGCCCGCCAGAGUAGCAAGCCAAGCCACGAACCCGAGAGAACUCGCCGCUGCCGCUUCAGCCGCGAGCUCGAUUCGGCCCUGUCCUGCAUGAUUAGGACAAAUCAGCCUCGCGAACCCGAGCCGGGCCUCGCGAGCACGGCCCCUUGCGGGCCCGGCCCCGUGCGAGCCCAGCUCCGUGCGAGCCCGGCCCUGUGCGAGCCUGGGCCAUAACGUGCCCCGCCCCGCGCGACCCCAGCCGGCAUCGCCGGCUCCGUGCGAGCCCGAGCCGGCCCCGUAUCCCGGCCUUGCCCCGGGGAGCCCGAGCCGGCUCUGGCGAGCCCGAGCCGACCCCGCGAGCCCGGCCGCGAGCGCACCCCCCCCGCGCGCGUUACGCGCGCGCGCAUGUAACGCGCGCGCGCCUUAUUUCGCGCGUAACGCGUUAUAACGCGCGCGCGUAGCGCGCGCGCGCGUUACAGUUUUCACACCUUAAAAAGAUGAAAAAUUUCAGCUUAAUAAUAGAUUGCUCGGGAAUUUUUCUUGCAGACUUUGACAAUAUUUUUUUUUUCUUUGGCUCCUCGAUAUAUUUUUUUGUUUAGAAAGAAAGAUGUAACGACUUGGUGGUCUUCUUCGGUUCAAAGUCAUUUUUUGAUUUCCGCUUUUCAUCCAGGUCCGAAGAAUCGCGAGGCGGACGGUCGACUUGA